UCAGCUUUUCUUCUUCUGCUGCAUCUGAAGACAGGAGAACCGUGACCUGAUGCAUGAUCUGAUGCAAACUCCAUCUGCUGCACUUUAUGGGCAUUUGAUUUUUGAAAACAUUUUUGUGUGCACAACCACAAUGAUAAGAUAAUACUUCCAUGGAAAGGAAACCUAUAAAAAGUUUUUUUAAAGAUAGUUUCAUGGGAAAUAAAAACAAACAUUAAAGUAGCUCAUUAACAGGAACAUGAUAGACGCCCUUUCUGACCAAUAUAAAAGAAACCAGGUGAACUCCUGUCUAUCCAGAACUCUCUUCAGCAUUCAUCCCUGCAGAUAAACUCUAACAAAUACCGAGAAAUCUCUCAGAACAACUUCAGACUCCAAGAUGAUAUUGCUGUUCUUCUUGUUUGGUCUCUCUCUGGCUGCAGUGGCUCCUUCAGACAAACAGGAGAUGAAGCUCCAGCGGGGCGGCUGUCCCCCGUUCUGGUUCAGCUUCAAUGGCCGCUGCUACAAGUACGUCGCCACCUUGAUGACCUGGGCUGAUGCAGAGCAGCACUGCGUGAACCAAGGAGCCAACCUGGUGUCCAUCCACAGUCUGGAAGAAGAGAACUUUGUCAAAAUGCUGAUCAGAAACUUUGAUCACGCUGAGGGAACCAACUGGAUCGGACUGUCUGACGCUCAGAAAGAUGGAACAUAUUUCUGGUCUGAUGGGUCCAGAUACAACUUCAAGCUGUGGAAUGCAGGAGAACCAAACAAUUCAGGAGGAUCUGAAGCGUGUGUGCACACCAACUAUGGCCCAUCGAAAGGAUGGAAUGAUAAAGUGUGCACAGUCAAAUACUCCUCUGUCUGUAAAGCUCGUCCGGUUUGCUGAGAAUGUAAUUCUGAAUCUGCUCAGUUGAUUUAAAUGUGCUGAUGAGAAAACAUCAAACUUAACAUGAUUAUUAACAUUUUUGCAAAAGGUUUUGUGUAAUUGGGUUUUUUUUUUUUAAAUGAUGUUUGACCUUUGCUUAUCAUUCUUUAUAAAUACUCCUUUUUUGGUGAAGCUUGCACAGUUUUCUGAUAUUGCUAUUCCUUACAUGUGCUUAUCAGAAAUAUCAACUGAAAAAAUAAAGCUUUGAAGAAAUUUGACUGAAAUAUGUUUCGAUUUCCAAAAAACCAAAUGUGUUGAAAGAGAUUAUGAUAGCAAAUGUCUGUUUCAAAGUAUAAAAUUAUUAACUUGUUUUGAACUUACAUCGGAAUGAACUUCCAAUGUAAUAUGAGGAAGACAAUAUUCUGGAGUGUUUGGUUGAAUGCAAAACAAUGACAAUGUAACACACUGAGAACUUUGCAGUUUAACUAUUAACACUAAGAUUUUUUUUCUGUGCAACAAACUUGUUCUGACUUACCAGAGAAAGUAAUAAAGACAACACAC